CAAAUUUUCUUCAGUCUUCUUCCUGACGUGCUGCUCUGCGGAACCAUCAAAUAGUUGGGGAGAACGAUCGUAAAAAGUUGCUGUCUUGCGGCAAUCACUUAUUUCAGCCUCAAUUCAAAAUCGUUUAUUUCCCUUUGACAUCAAGAAGUUCUUGGUCGUAGAUAGACAAAGGUCCCAUCGGUUUGUUACACUAAGCCAACCGAGCGUGAAAUGUUCCAGUCUACCGCAGCCUGGACGCGGUCAAAUUGAGUGCCGCCCAGAAGAGAACCCCCAAAAAACUGUGAUUGUGCUUCCCCUUCCUGUGAUGAUGGAUAUUCAAAGUUGAACGGUCCGAAACAGCUAAAUCAAAUCUAUAAUAAUAAUUAAGGGAACCACUACACUGUGAGUGAAUAAAGCAGAACAUUGCGAAACAAUUUUACGGAUUCAACUCACUGCAGGUCGCGUAAUGGCUUCAGCUAUUACGAUGCAAAUCUUGUGCUGGAUUUCUAUCGCACUCAUCAGUCACGGAAGCAGUUUGAAUGUGGACCGCCUUUCCAACAGAUGGGCGCGCAGUGAUGACGGCUCCGACGGUUGGCAGGCCUCCAAUGGGCCGUACAACCCGGGGCCAUACCCAAUAUCUCGACCGGUAGUCACAGAAGUGGUUCCAACGGCCUUAACGGCCUCCACGGCUUCCACGUUCCGCAAGGUAGACGAAGGACUACCCUUUCUUACAGCUGCCUCGGCCGAAGGCUUCUACGAAGUUCUGGUGGGAAAGAAGAGCCCGAUAUCCGAAACGAUGGGAGUCGGCGGUAGCAAUUCCCCAACUGGGUCACCGGAUGUGAUUAUAGGCCGGGUCAUGUCGUCGACGACCGGGAUCGAAUCGACCACAACCGCAUCAGCGGCCAUAGGUUAUUCCCAUCCGCCUCAACCCAUCGUUCCUGUACCAGCAACUGUCACCCAAGACGAGAAAAAGAAAGCGGACGAAGAGGUAAAAGCGGAAGAGCGGAGUGAAAUCAGGGACGCACUCGAAAUGGAAAGUCGAUCGACUUCAGACGAUUCUUUGAUUAAAAAGAACGAUUAUUCUCUGCCGCCGGGUAGUUUUUAUUUGCCAGCCGUGUCGAGGAAAGAUCAUCAAUACUACUCUGAUUCGGAGAAAUCCAUCUACAUUCCUCUGCGGCGCAAAGACCCAUUGAUUCAAGCUUUCCCGGUUACCACGCGUGUCGUUCUAGUGAACAAGAACCAGCCGGUAACACCUGUUGUUUUUAGUCCGCCACCGGCCAUUUAUCACAGCAAGGAAGGCGAUGAGGAAGAAGACCAAGAAGUUGAGGAAACAGAAGAACAGGAAACGAGAUUUUCGACCGAAGAGGAGGAAGAAGACGACGAAGAAGAUAACGAGGAAGAUCCAAAUAUUUCUCAUCGUCCUCAAAAACCUACCAUUCAACCCACAACUCCUGUCCAAUCCCAUUCGAGCGCUUUGGACUUGGUGAUGACCCUGUAUCCCAAUUUACCGAAACUGAUCCCACCUUCAUAUUUCAACUCGCAAACCAUCAAGAACUUUCUCAAACUGAACAGCAGACCAGCAGCAGUUGGUGGAGGGGAAAUCGCUGGUUCGACGAGUGUCAUUCACGAAAGCAAAGUGGUAACCCCUCCGCAAGGUUAUCUACCUCAGUUGUUGCCAAAGCCGAUCCCCAAACCCGCAAUCGUCAAGGGGAAUGCCCUUCUGACCCAGUUUAAAUCUCCCAACAAAGUGAACUUUGGCACUGCUGUCGCCGCCUCUGCCUAUCCAUCGGAACCGACUCGUCAUCAGUCAACCAAACCGACCACAGGCCCGACCAAGACGACAAUUCGGUUCGUGCCUUUCACUUCCGAAGACAUCAGCCCGUUGAACUUUUUACUCGCACCCGUCUCGUCCGCCACGGAAAGAGUCACGGCCACAGAGCAACCGGAUACCCGUUCCAACUACGUCGCAGGGAUCAUACCGACAAAUAACGGUGACGUGAUAGCCGAUUCCAACGUGCACAUCACGCAGAGAGAUCCCCUAAAGAUCGUCCCAGCGCCGAAACUCGACUUUUUGUGGAAUCAAUUCCGACCAUUACCAGCGGACAUUUCGCAUCAACCAUCUGCGGCUAGUGACUUGACACAACAGCCCAACGUUUUAACCAAUAUUAACCAACAUCACAAACAACAGCAACCACAAAAUGGGCAGGAUCAUCAACAACAAGACGAGAGAACAAGCGCGUCAGUUCUCCAUCAGAAUUACUUUGUUCCAUCAGAAACCGCCGAGGUGGUCGUCCGAUCUAAAAUGGCUACAUCCGGAAGUGAAUCAGGAAACGACGUGAGGACACAACCGACAGGAGAUUCUGCCGAUAUCAUCACAGGCUAUUUCGACGGACAACCCAUUUUGCCAACAACAAUUUCGCCAACAACAAUUUCGCCAGCAGAAGAAAAAGAAAUACAAACAACAACGACGACGACUACAACAACAACAAGGGGAACAACUGUUCCUCCCAUUCCAGUGGAAGAAAUUGCGACGACGACCGCAACAGUACCGAGCCGAACUGAUGAGAUCUUCAGGCCGACAAUCCCAUCGAUUCCCGAACUCCACGGCAAUUUUCAACCAAGUUUUGGAAAGUUUCCUUAUAGUAGCCCGUCACCACAAGAUCAUUCCCAUCAACCAGAACUCGCAUCCGAUGUACCGCUAGUGUCACCGUCACCAGUCAUACGCGUCGUCUCUACAGAUCACGACGAUCGUAACAUCUUUUCUGUGCCUCACGGCUUACCCAAUCUUGCGGAUGACCAGCACGUAGCCGGCUCUCAGAUUCACGAAACGUCCGUUUACGAAGAAAACAUUCCCCGCGUUCGCCCGAUCAAACCGCAAUCGGCCGCCCAAGAAGUUGAAGUCAAGGCGUCGGCCCCGUACUACAAAAUGGGGAAAAUGUCUCCCAAAGGCGCGAUGUACACGGUCACGCAAGGCCAUUCCAAGGUGAAGUUUUUCGGUUACAACGCUCUACACAACGGAGAAUUGAAACCGAUUGAUAGCAAAUAUCUGGCCAGUCUUCUCCAAAAACACGAACAGCAACAGCUCGAACACGACUGGAAAUUCAGCCCUUAUCUGCCCAUCAGGUCAACUGGUGGCGGAGGCCAUUCGGCUUUCAAAAGCGUUCCCAAGAAAUCUAUCCCGAUUGCAAACGGAAAGAAACCGACAAUCAGGCCGGUAUUUUUCGCAAAGAGACCAGGUAGCUCUAAUCCAGACAUUUCAUCAUCAAAGAGCAGCCAAGGUCCACCGAGCAAUGCACCCUGGCAUCCCAGUAUUGUCGUCAGUGAACCUUUUGAAUAUCACGCCCACCUACAGAAAAUGGCCGAAGAUCAAGGCCGUCUUCCAAUAAGCCAAUCGCCCCCGACAUAAUCGAAAGCAUUAUUAUUAUAUAUAUUACCGCGUGACGUGUGAAAAUUUGCAUCCUAUUUGGCUCUAUUUAUUUCAUUUAACAUCUGUUCAUAAUUUUUUACCAAAAUGACAUCUCCUACAAGAACGUAUCAGCAGCUUACAGAAAAAAACAAAACAAUCUUCCUCUAAUGUGAUCCGUGUUGUGUACUCGUGUGACUCUACAAAAUUGAUAUAUGAAUAAAGUAUCUAACAAAAGUUAAAAAA